UAUUUUGUGCGUAGGCAAUGUAAACAAGUGCAUAACGACAAGUGCCAUAGAGAACCGUUACAGGGAAAUUCUCAAAAGGGAUUUCUUUGCUAAAUUGUGUCUUUCCUAGAGAGCGUAUUUCACAUUUCAAGCAUCCAGACGAAUCAACGAACAGUUCAGCAAUGCCGUAAGCUACAAUUUGAGACAAAAUGAGCCUGAAUUGGCGGCGGAAUGACUACUUUGAGCGGUUGUUGGAGGACGGUCCGUCCAGCCACUCUGCUCUGGAGUUGUUGGUGGACGAUCUUCACCGUGACAAGGCUCACACCAUCGGGGCGUUUCUCGACCAUUACGGGUCGGAGGAUUUCAUGUGGGGCUUGGUCCGUAUGCUGAGCGCUGAAAACACUCGGGUUGCUGGAAACUCCGCCUACAUCUUUGGCACCGUGGCUGAGAGUGUUGAAGGUCAGAGGAGAGUGCUGUCACUGGUCAAUGGGCCACACCCCCACAACGUCCUCGCUGAUCUGACGAACAUGUUGGAUUAUGACGACGAUGAGUCUGUCAUGAAUGCUGCUGGUACCCUUGGAACCCUGGCCGAGAGCUCAGGUGGAAGAGAAUGGAUGCUGAAGGAACCUUGUCUGCAAGUGACCAUCAGUAGAGUGACCGGUCUUCUGACCAGUAACAACGUCUGGACAGCCAGCAAUGCAGCCCUGGUCUUAGCAAGGGUAUCCAUUGCGGAGGAGGGAUGUCAGAUGAUGUUAGAUCACAACUUCUCCCAUCAGAUUAUGACUAAGCUGAUAGACUCCCUUGGCAUUGAUGAAGCAGGACGAGGGAUGAACGCAGCCUUUGCUUUGGGACGAUUGUGUGACUUAGAAACGGGGAGAGUGAGGUUACUGCAGCAUCCAGACUCAGAGAAAAUGAUGAGUCGGCUGUGCAGCAUGCUGGCCAGUAAAGACUCCGGAUGUGGCAAGAACGCUUGCUAUGCCAUCAGUUGCCUAGCAACCAGCGCUCAAGGUCACGGCAGGUUGCUAGGUCACAAAAGUUCAGAGGUCAUGCUACAGAGAUUGGGGUCACAGCUGAGUAACGAGGAUUCAGAGACAGCGUGGUUUGCAGCCAUGACAUUGCGGACGUUAGCAAGUAAACGAGCUGGCUGUCUGAGGCUGAGGAACCAUUCACAUGUUGUCCCCGCUUUGCAGAUUGUUCAGUGCAGAGGUCCGUCCCAUCAAGAUCUGAAGGACGAGGUCGAGCUGACAUUGGAACUCCUGAAAACGUUGCACCAACCGCCGCCACCCAGGCUACAGGUCAAAGGUCACGGUGAGAUCUUCGCUGAGUGGGAUGAGGUCGCGCUGAAGAGCGGUCUGGAGGUUACGUACAGAUUGUACAACGAUUCUGAGAUUCUUUACGACGGCAAAUCUCUCAGCCAUCUUGUGACGGGACUCCGCGCCGACACGCAGUACUCCUUUCGACUUCAGCUCAGCACCGAAGGCGACGACAGCCCGUUGAGCGAAGUCGCCGUAGCGACCACCGAGGAAUCCCCGCCGGACACCCCGCAGGGUUUGAGGAUUCUGGCCGUGACGAUAUCCCAGCUCAAGCUAGGCUGGGCACCCCCGGAAUUCAACAACGGCGCCCUCAAGGGAUACGUGGUGUACAACGGGAAACAACCAGUGGAGACAACGACAGAGUUGAGUAGCAUUGUGAGCGGUCUGACGCCCGGCACGACCUAUGACCUUCAUGUGUGUGCCUUCAAUCACAAAGGGAAAGGACCUAAAGCCACCAUCACAGCUACCACAACAGAGCUGGGCAAGCAUGCUCCUGGCAAGCCAAGCCUGACCGUCCGAGGUCGUAGUGAGAUCCACGUGACUUGGACGCCUCCAGAGUUCCCUCUAGGUCGACUUCAUCGAUUUGAGUUGACUCAGAACGGGAAGGUUAUCUACUCCGGCACGGAGCUCAGCUAUACAGCGCACCGCCUCACCCCAAACACAGAGUAUAAAUUCACUGUUAUAGCUGUGACAAGUGAAGGGAAGUGUGAAAGUGAUGCAGCGAAAAAGAAAACUCCCAAAGAUGAAUAUAAUGUGCAAUCGACAGCUCCUAUUUUCUUCUCUCAUCCAGUCAGAAUGACAGAGGAAACACCUGGAAAAAGUAAAGACAAAAGCUCCAGGGCCCAUUCAAGACAUGGUCGGAAGAGGUCGGCCAAGAGGAAACAGUCAUUGACUCAGUCUUAUGUAUUCUGGCAGCGACAUCUGAAGCAACCCAUAUCUCCAACCUACACUGAGCCUCCUAGUCUACGAUCGUCAUCUCGCCCCUCAUCAGGAUUCAGUGAUGAUAGCUAUCACGCCAAAACCCACUCCAGGCAAAAACAAUCUGCCGGUGGUUUGGAGAAGCGGGGAAGUAAAUCCUCAACAACAAUGGAGCCCCUCGCUGAAUGGAGCAGCGAGAGAAGUUCAACCUCGUCCUCAGAGACUGGGGAGGAUGAUGAUGAGGAGCGAUGGCCUGGUGCUGAUCACCUCAGUUACAGAACCUCAAGCACCUCACACGGUAGACAUAGGAAACCUCAAGAUGGCGCCUCGUCCAAGAGGGGAACCUCAGGAGGUAGUCAUUCUAGAACCUCACCUGAAACAAGUAGGGGAUUGGAUAGGGAUACCUCCAAAAGUUCCAACAAAGGCCACAGGGAGAGCAUCAAGAAAACCUCAACUGAAAUGGAACAUGAAUAUGAACGAUCGACCAAAACCGAGAGGUCAAAUUCUGACGAGGUCAAACCUCAGGUCAGGGGUCAAGCCAAAGUGAACUCCAAAGAGUCAAACGAUCAUUCCAACGCAAACCAAAGAUAUGCCGACAGCAGCAGGGAAGCAAGCGCACAGAAACCGUCCAAGACUACAAUGCAAUAUGUUAAGACAAAACGCCAUGCCGCUGGUCACCACGGCGACCAGGAAUCGGACCCAGUGGCUUUUAAGCUGGAUCGACUUCUACGCAGCUUGAAAAGCACCACCACACGUAAAACGUCUCUGAAUUCCCACCGAGCUGUUGGGCCGGGGAAGGACGGCUUACAACGGACACCGACAAGCGUGACGUGGGAUCCGCGAUUGAGUAGCAGCGUGGGCUCAAACUCACACGUCGCAAAGCGUGAUUUGAAGUUAGACGGGGUGCCACCGUCGAGAGAAAUCGCAACCUCCGGCAAGGAGUUUACGUUACUAGCGAACGGUCAGAUCGUGUACAGGGACUCGAGAUCUGGCAGUGGGACGUCCAAGAAAUCAUCGUCGUCUUCAGAAGCAACGACCAUGACAACGGUAAAGUCGGACAAGAAACCCUCCAAAGAGAAGAGACGAACCUCAACCAAAGCGUCGCAAGGAGACACCUCAUUGCAACCUCUUCACCCAGAAGGAUUCACUGCAACUGAGUCACACAUUCCUGAUAUCUUCCCCUGGGAUGGAGGUGAUGUGUCAAAGGUCAGCACAGCUCCUCCUGCUAGUUGGAUAACUCAGACCAGGACUGCCUUAGCAGAUAACGCUAUCCCGUUUCGUAGCGCCCUCGCUGAUUAUUCAUCUUUCUACCAACGAGCUAACUCCAUCAUCAGUAGUCACAGACCCACACUUAAGAAGAAUCUGGCCAAGCUCGCCAGCUACCCGGGAGCGUUCCCCAUACAGCAAGGCGUCACCGCCAUCCAGUACGAACCCGACUUCCCGGCCAGUAAGCCGGUAGCCACAAACAAGUACCAGUUUAUCCCGACGCAGUACAGAACGCAGCCGACCAACCUGCCCGGCCAGCCGAUGCACAGAGGGCCAACCAGUGCCAAUUUGUACGAUAAAAGUGCCUAUGCGAAGAAGCUUGAAGCUCUUUCCCAGCUGAGUACAGAUCGUAAGGCAGGCCUGGUUUGCCAUGAAUGUACUCAUGAUCAUAACGAGGGCAGGACAACGCCGAAAGCAAUGGUUGCACUGAAAUACUCGCAUCGAAAUGAUCUCUCGGUAUCUGUAGGCGGGGCCAAGACAAAAAGUAGUCCGGUGCCAGACAUAGCCAGCUGAAAGUAUGCACAAAUGCCCGAAGCCAGUCUCAGGAAAUGUAGUUACUUGAAUUAGUUUAGAGAAUAAUCACUGUACCAUAGAGAGCUAUAUAGUUUUAUAAAAAGGAGUUUCUAAUGUUUCCAAAACUUUUCAUUUUCAAAAACUUUUCAAGAGUAUACGGUACAUGAUGGACCAGACCAAUCACGUUUCACUAUCGGUUGAUCAUUCUGUGAUACUGGUCAAACGUGCCACCAUUCAUUAUGCAUUGUAUCCUAAGCAUAACACUGCAAAAAAAGAAAGUCCACACAUGUUGGAGGGGUCCUAAUAUUUUGAAUCAUGAUUGUCCUAUGAUAACGUCCGUUGUAGACCUUUAGGAAAUGUUAGCCAGCGGCGGCAGAACUGUUUUCAAACUGGGGGGG